AUGGCCGACAGUGGCUGGGUCAGGCAACACAGAGCUCAUCUUAUCCUGACAAUAGGUGGUCUGCAGACAAAGCAGUUGAUGGACAGCUUCAAGGAGCAAAUGAGGAUCCUUGCAGUUUUACUAAAGGCGAUCAUGGGUUUCAAUCAGCAUGCGGUGGAUCGUCAUGCAGGUUUCUCUGUCUAUGUAUUUAACGAGACAUCUUAUGUGCCACCAUCAUCAGGGGGAUAUAAAGUGUUUACUCUGCCAUCUAACACUUGUCCAAAUCAAACAAUGACGGUACAAGUCAAUAGAGUAACGAUGGGUGUUGCUCUUUUUAAUUCAAACCAACCGAAUUUAAAACGGAGAUGUCCAAAUUAUGAGGAAUCGUUUGCAUCAAUUGAAAUAUGUGAGGUCCAUGUUAUGGUUUGCAAAGAGGGUUUCUACGGGGGAGAUUGUGAGGAGGCUUGUGAAAAAUGUAUGACAGGGACAAUCUGUAACAACAUUACAGGGUUUAAUACAAUUUCAUUUUUAGUUUGCAAAAGAGGGUUUUAUGGUCAACAAUGUGGAAAAACCUGUGGGACAUGUAAAAAAGGGACAUAUUGCAAUAAUAUAACCGGUAUUUGUCCCGAUGGUUGUGAAAUCUAUUCGACCGGAGAGAAAUGUGACGUCUGCAAAGAUGGGUUUUACGGUAAAAGCUGUGCGAUACCCUGUGGAAAAUGUAAAACGGGAACAUACUGUGACAACAUAACUGGAAUUUGUAACGACAGUUGUCAAGAGAAUUGGGCUGGAGAAAAAUGUGAUGAGUGUCAGAGAUAUAAAUAUGGACCUAAUUGUGCAUUUGACUGUGGACACUGUAAAAACGGACAGCCUUGUUCGAAACAGAAUGGAACUUGUCUCAACGGUUGUGAGGCCGGAUGGAGUGGAUUGUUUUGUUUAAAGGUUUCAUCCUCUGCUGAAAAUUUAAACACAGAUGAAGGGAUUUCAAAAACCUCAUCCAUAAUUAUUGCCAUUGUUUCUACUCUGCUCGUCAUUGUACUUAUAUGCCUUGGGAUUAAAAUUGUGAAGAAAAGAAGAACAAAAGAAAAAGCAAAAGCUGUAACAGAAACUGUGACAUCAACGACAGUGGAGAACCCACAGUUUUAUGAUCAAAUAUCUGGUACUGAGAUGGACCAUGUUUAUCAGGAAAUCAGUCCUACAUUUAAAAAAGAUGAUUAUCAAGACAGCCAUAGAUAUCUAAACACAGAAAUAGUUAAUGAAAGCAAAUAUUAGUUUAUUAUUUAUUCAUUGGUGUAAAUCAUUUGUGGAUACCUAAAAAUUCUAAAGAACAUUUGGACAAUUUGAAAUCACAAGACUUUACAAAAAUCAACAGCUUAAAAACUUACGACUUUUCAACUUUAUACACAACAAUUCCCCAUGACAAAU